CGCCCAUGACCUCCCUCUCGCGCGCCUGCCCUAGUUAAAAUGGCGGCUUCCGGCUCUCUGUCUGUGGCAGGUUCAGCCAUUCUGCACGGUCCGGUGGUGAAGGUUCAUCCGGUGGUGCUGGCCGCCAUAGUGGACAGUUUUGAGAGAAGAAACGAAGGAGCUGGGCGAGUUAUAGGCACCCUUUUGGGGACCACCGACAAACACUCCGUGGAGGUGACAAACUGCUUCUCCGUCCCACACAAUGAGUCUGAGGAUGAGGUGGCCGUCGACAUGGAGUUUGCCAAGAACAUGUAUGAGCUGCAUAAGAAAGUGACCUCCACUGAGCAGAUUGUGGGCUGGUACGCCACAGGAAAUGACAUCACAGAGCACUCGGUUCUCAUCCACGAGUAUUACAGCCGCGAGGCCACCAAUCCCAUUCACAUGACUCUGGAUACCAGUCUGCAGGGCAGCCGCAUGAAUAUAAAGGCCUAUAUCAGCACCCCGAUGGGCGUCCCCGGUAAAACUAUGGGCGUCAUGUUCACCCCUCUGACUGUGAAGUACGUCUACUACGAUACAGAGCGGAUAGGAGUGGAUCUGAUCACAAAAACCAGCUCCAACCCCACCCGCUCCAUUGGACUCACCAGUGACCUCCAGCAGGUGGGGGCGGCUGCUAACAGACUACAGGACUCGCUGAGCACCGUGUUGCAGUAUGCCGAGGAUGUGCUGUCGGGGAAGGUGACGGCAGACAACACAGUCGGGCGCUUCCUGAUGGAUCUGGUGAAUCAGGUGCCCAAGAUUGAGCCGGAAGACUUUGAGUCCAUGUUGAACAGCAACAUUAAUGAUCUUCUGAUGGUCACUUACCUGGCCAACCUGACGCAGUCCCAGAUCGCUCUGAACGAGAAGCUGCUCAACCUGUAACCCCUUCCCUCCCGAACGCACAACUCGUGUUUUUACUUGGACUUUACUGACUGACAAACACCGACCCACGAGAGGAAACCAACUGCUCUUUGCUGCAUCAGAGGGGGACUCUUCCUAUUAAAUUAUAUUCCCAUUGGAUUUCGCUGUUAAAAGAAAACUAUACCCCCCAAACAAUGUAGGUCUCUUAUAAAAAGAUAUUGCAUAAAACA